CGGAGAGACCAAUUCCCGUGGGAUUCUGCCGUCCCGAGCGGAUCAGCUCCGACAGGAUGCUGCGCCUGGCUUUGGCCACGGGGGUCCUGCUGGCCCUGGUGGGCUGCACGGCCACGGAGCACUGCGCGGCCCCGCAGGACCUGGUCUGCCGGCUGCUCCAGAGCAUGGAGGGCUCCAUCAAGCCCGGAGAGGUGCCGAACCCCAGCGUCCUGCUGGCCAUGAGCCUGCUUGGGGUGGACACCCAGAGUCCCAGCUACAAGUUGCUGCUCCAGGAGAUCAAGGAGGAGGUGGUGACGAGAGCCCAGAAAGCCAUGACCUCAGGACAGGUGGCUGAGCACAUCCUCGCCCUCCUCUCAUCCUGCCAGGACCCCCGGCAGGUCCACGCCCUGGGACAGACCAUCGACCUGAUCCCCAUCCUGCAGCAGAAAACGGAUGAGGAGAUGGCUGAGCUGGAGGACAAGGGCCAUCCCAAAACCACCCUGUUCAGCGUGAGCCUGGACACCACGGCCCUGUGCCUGGCCAGGGCAGGCGGGUACCGGGGGCCAGCGGUGGCCUUGGCCAAGGAGGUGCUGAGCCCCAGCAGCCCCAUCGGUGUGGACACCCGCGCCGUGGCGGUGCUGGCCCUGCUGUGCGCCCACGACAGCGUGGAGGACCCGGAGGUGCGGGAUCUGCUCCAUGAGGCAGUUUGGACGGUGACCAACGACUUCCUGGAUGAGCAGGAGGAGAGGAACGGCCUGAUCGGGAACAUCUACAGCAUGGGGCUGGCCCUGCAGGUACGGGGGUGGGGAAUGUGCUGUCACAGCCACCCGGUCCCGCUCCCAGAUUUGCCACACCACCUCCCACCUCUUCCGCAGGCACUGGAGGCCUCAAGGGACUUCUACGCCCCUCGGGACUGGGACUGUGCCCAGGCCUUUGCCGUGGUGACCAACCACACCUUCGAGCUGCCCAUGGCCAUCGCCCAGGUGCUCCCGGCCCUCGUGGGCACGUCCUACCUGGAUGUGGCCACGCUGAACUGCGGUGCCCCCACGGAUCUGUGCCCAAGCCUGGGGGCACACAGGGUUCCCACAGGUAUGAUGAGCCCACCUGGGGCCUCCCAGACCCCACGGGAGUCCCAGGACAUCACAGUGCACUACUCCAUCACCAACAACCUCCAGGGAAUCCCCUGGCACUACAGCAUCUCGGUGACGGUCCCGGGUGGCUCCACACUGCUCAAGGUGCUGGAGAGGGCAGAGGAGAUGGAUCCCGAAAACUUUAGCUUCAGGACGGAGCAGACGUCCUGGGGUCCCUUCGUGGUCUCCAUCCACGGGCUGGCUGGCAGUGACAACGACAGGACCUACUGGCAGUUCCUCAGCUCUGGGAAACCUUUGGAUCAAGGGGUCGGAACCUACAAACCACACUCCGGGGAGCACAUCCAGGCCGUGUUCAGCACCUACUGAAGCCACCAAGAGACCCUGGAUCCCACCAGGGAGCAAUAAAGGGCCAUUCCAGCGUCUCCCUCUGUGUCCCUGGGGAAAACAGGGCUCAGAUCCCUUUUGCCUUCUUUUCUUCUUCAUUUCAUUAGUUCAGCUUCCCUCUUCUCUUCCCCACCAUCCCACACAAAUCCAGCCUCACCCAGACUCAGGACUGUCAGUCCCAUCCUGUGUGUCAGCAAAACCCUUCCCAGUCUUGCCCACUAGUCUUGCCCAGGGUUGUUCCUCUGGCCACAUUCCUGUACUUCAGUUCAAUAAAUCUGAUCUCUGCACAAGCACUAAUUGCAUUAAUCAG